ACGUAAAUGCACCCAAACUACAGUGGAGAUUAGUAAAUUAGAGGUUUUUAAUCCAUAUGGUAUGAGCCCCAUGUCCCUUUUUGAUAAAUGUGUGCAGAAGCUAAUUAUAUGGCUAGCUUUUGAUAUUUUCACCAAUACAAAGACCUUUGUAUCAAUUAACACUGACAAAUUAACAUUCAAUUUUUAUUGUAUUUUGUUUUUGUUUUCUUUUCUUUUGUUUUUGGCCCCAGCCAACACGGAAAAAAACAAAUCUGAUCGUCUACAUGAAGGCAUGUUGAAGAGGCCUUCUCUGUACAGGUGACAAAGAGUUUAAUCGUCAGCGCUAGCCACCUCUCAGCCAAUCACAAUCCAGGUCCAGUGAAGGUGCAGUGGUUUUAAAACAGAUAAAAGGUGUGAGCUGAGCUCUGUACAGCUCAAUGUCACUGUGAAAUACCUUAGCACUGUAUAAGCUGCUAUCUGCCGAUUGUGUUCCUUUUUUCCUUUUUAAUUGAUCCAUUUUUACACAAAAAGUUUUUAAAGUAAAGUUUGAAGAUGUUUUUCUCCGGGCUGCUGAUUCUUGCCAGUUUGGGUUUGUUCGGUUCCGUUGCGGUGUCUCCCGGUGUGGAGGACGCGUACAGGGCUGUGCUCAGCAUUGUGGCUCCUGGACAGCAGUAUCUGACCACGGAGUCCCUCGGCUCUGUCUUUAAUACACUGGAGAAACGUGUGCAAUGCGGCGAAGUGUCGUGUGAAAAGUGUGAUCUAACAGAUGCUGUUCACCAGCUGAUCAGCAACUACUCCACCCAUGGACAGGAUGAAACUGGAAAAGGCAGAAAAAACAUAACUAUAAGUUCAUCUCAAUUCACCGCCCUCGCUGCUGGAUGCAUCCUGUACGUCUCAUCUCCUGGUCUGGUCUGCACCUCAGUGAGGCAGGGGAGGUGGGGACAGGAGGCUGAACAAUUCGUACAUAAAAUCACACAUCAGGGGCCGCACCAGGACCAUGAGCACGACCACGACCACAACCAUGACCAUGAGCACGACCAUGAGCACAUAGAUGUUCAUGAGUUAAAAGUGCUGCUUCAAGAGCUUCAGGAGCACUAUGAGCCCUCAGACAAAGAGAGCUGUGUAUCAGCCAGCGACAUCAUGGCAGAGGUUAGCACAUCAUCACCAGACCAGGGACAGGAAGUGGGUGCAGUUUUGGGCCGAGUUCUGUAUCACGCCUUGAAGGGUCACUGCUUCAGCCCCUCCCUCCCUGAGGAGAGCUUCUUCCUGAACUACAUCUUGGACCAUCUGGGGUCAGAGAAUUUCACCAUUGAGGAUUUGGAGACUCUCAUGACGAGUCUGAACCUCGGACCUGACCACGGACAUGGACACGAACACCAGGAAGAUGAACACGCUGAUCACGAUCAUAGUGGUUUGAGACGGAGGAAGAGAAGCAGCCAUGAACAUCAUGAGGGUCAUGAAGAAAAUACCACCUGGGAUCAGGUCUGUUUCUCAGCUGAAGAGCUGGUCCUGAUCUACGGUCUUGCAGACAACAGCUCUAGCCUAGGUCGGUCCAACUUGGCCCGGCUCAGCCCUGCGCUCAUCCAGCAGAUCCUGAGUGGAGUAUGUGCAGACAUCACAGAACCACCAAUAUCAGAUGGGCUCACCGAGAGUGAGAGAUACAUCUAUGCAACCAUUGCCAAUACUUUGAUAACACUGACAUCCCUGUUUGGCAUUGUGGUGCUGCUGUGUACCUCCUGCACCAGUGUGUUCCAGUUGUGUAUCCAGUUUUGCAUCAGCCUGGCAGUAGGUUCAUUGACUGGAGAUGCCUUACUGCACCUGAUACCCAUGUUUCUAGGUUUACAUGUGCACUCAGACAACACCGGCGACCAGACGCACUCACAUGACCAUCACCAGGAAGAAACUCCAGACCACAUUUACAAGAUUUUGGUUAUGAUUGGGGGGAUCUAUUACUUUUAUCUGAUGGAGACGAUCUUCUCUCUGAUUGCAUAUAAAGAAAGUCAUCACCAUCAUCAACAUCAUCAUGGGGAAGACUCAGAGCCUCACCACUGUGACCAUGGGAGGGUUUUAGAGAUGUAUCAACAGGAGAGGGAAAAAAAAGAGAAGUCACAGUCAGCGCUAAGAGUAGACCUGGUUGACUGUGAAGACAAUGAUAAACCACUUUCAGAGUCAAAAGGCCGCACCAGACAACAGCGCCUGCUGCCUUAUAUGAUAACCAUUGGUGACGGGAUCCACAAUUUUGCAGAUGGAUUAGCGAUAGGCGCAGCUUUCUCCCUGUCAUGGAAGUCUGGUCUGGCCACAUCACUGGCUGUGCUCUGCCAUGAACUACCACAUGAACUGGGUGAUUUUGCCAUUUUGCUCCACAGUGGUAUGUCUGUCCGCAAGGCGUUGCUUUUAAAUAUUGGCAGUGCCAUGACCUCAUUUAUCGGUCUGUACAUCGCUCUGUCUGUGGCCACUGACCUUGCCACCAAACAGUGGAUAGCUGCCAUUACUGCAGGGCUCUUCUUGUAUGUGGGUCUGGCUGAUAUGCUCCCCACUAUGGUCCACAUCAGCAACAAGAGUCCCUGGAAGAUGUUUUUUCUGCAGAACAUCGGCCUUCUGAGCGGGUGGGGUAUUCUGUUGUUGAUGUCACUUUAUGAGGAGAGAAUCAACUUUUAAAAUAUGGACAGUCAAGACUCACUUAAGUCUAUUGGUUUAACCUAUGCAGAUUGUAAAAUCUUUGAAUGACAUUCUCAGUAACAUGAUUGGGUGUGUAAGGUUGGUCGAGCGGUGAAGGCAAAAGGAAGAGGACUUUAAACUGUUCAACAGUCCAAUUUUUUUAUUUCCCUUUUUUUUCCAGCAGUGGGUUAGGUGCAGCAAUAUGUACAGUGCAGUUCAGCUGGCCAAAACUGAAGAAAAACUAAAACAAAAAUCAACUCUGCACCGGGCUAUGCCCCCUUUAAGUUUGGGCCCCUGGCAGUAACAGCCGCUGUGGCCGGCUUGCUAGACAGAUCUCAGAAACUCGAGAGAAGCUUCCAACUCCUGCAUAUAUAGACAGUAGCUCCUCCUACACAUGGGAAAUACAAUUAAUAAAUCAAUCAACAAUCAGCAGUGAUUAAUUCAUACUCUUCAGACUACUUUUUAUAAGCCAACAGUGAAAAACAUUGCUACACACUCCAAAAGAGUAAAAAUGUUCCUAAACUGCUCAAAAUCAACACUUGCACAAAUAUCUCCCCAAAACUCCCCCUCAUCCAUACUACACUUGGCACAUUCCCCCAGGAACUUGACUAUAAAAGGAAUCCAAAUGGGCGGGGUCUGGUUUGGCAGUUCCUGAGUCCAAACCAGAGGUUGGCCAAGUGCAGUCUAGAGGAGAGGUGAGACACACAAAAGAAUUAGUCAAAUAAAGAGAUUUAAAACCACAAUAUUGUCAGACUUUUCUUCCUGACUUCAUGUAAAUGUGCCUGUGACACUGAAGCACCAAAACAACUACACACCUACAACUACCAGGUUUCAACCUUAAUUGUGCUAAUUACCAACCCCAGACACCUGCCGGCUAGAUGGUGUGUGAAAGUGCCUGGAGGUGGACAAGCAUUGUGUGUGUUUGUCUUUUACCAUUAGAGGUCACAGGGCAUCCCCGUGACAGGGUGUUUAUGGGCUUACUCAUAAAUAGCCACGAUAAGACCCCUGGAGUAAAAAGCCUUAACGAGAAAAUUCACCAUCUUUUAUGUUGAUGUCCAAUCAGUGUUGAUGGUAAAUAUAGUUAACAGAUGCAAUUAA